AGUAAUUUUAUGUCGGCUUGAAAUUACGAGAAAAGACGGAGAGCAAAGUUGCAAUAAUACGGCGUUUAUUUAGAAGUUCAUAAAUCAAUACAUAUAUAGAAAGAAAGCGAAGAUUUAAUAAGAAACAGGCAGAGGCAGAGGCAAAUGGAAGACGCGAUCGUGCUUUAUUCGACGCCGGACCACCUCAAUUCCUUUACAUGCCUCGCUAAAUUCAUCGCCAAACGCCACCCUUCCAUCUCCGUCGUCGUCUUCUGCACCGCCGCCGCACCUCCCAUCCUGGCCGCCGUGCCCUCCAUCACCUUCCGCCGCCUUCCCACCCCCGCUCUCCCGCCCAACACCACCUACGACAUCCUCGAGCUCUACUUCGAAACGCCUCGUCUCAACAACCCUAUCUUUCGACAAGUCCUAGCAGAAAUCUCCCGAAAAUCAAACAUCAGAGCGAUUGUUCUCGACUUUUUCUGCAAUUAUGCAUUCCAAGUUUGCGAGAGCUUCAACAUUCCAACCUACUACUGCAACACCGUCGGCGCGUUCGGCGUCUGCGCUCUGCUUUACUGGCCGACUAUUCACGAGAAAACCGGCGGGGAAUUGGGUGAUGCCGUUGAGAUCCCCGGCUGCCCAGUGAUUCCGUCGGCGGAUAUCCCCGAGAUGCAGCGUUUUCCUCAGAGUCUGAGUUACAAGCACUUUUUAGACACGGCGAUCAACAUUCAGAAAUCGGCGGGAAUCAUCAUCAACACUUUCUACGCGCUUGAGCCCAGAGCAUUGGAAGCGUUGACGAACAAUUUGUGCACCCCGAAUUCGCGGAUCCCCCCUGUCUACACCAUGGGGCCGUUCAUUGAUGUAGAUAGUGCCAAGAAAAACGACGCCGUCGAAUGCAUGCGAUGGCUCGAUUCGCAGCCAAGUAAGAGCGUCGUUUUCCUCUGUUUCGGCCGAAGAGGCGUGUUUUCCGCAGAGCAACUGAGGGAAAUGGCGGCUGGAUUGGAAAAUUCAGGCUGUAGAUUUCUUUGGGCGGUGCGGAAUCCGGGUGCGGAGGAGGCGGAUCUGGAGGCGCUGCUGCCGGAGGGGUUCCUGGAGAGGACUAGAGAGAGAGGGGUUGUGUUGAAGUCAUGGGCGCCGCAGACGGAGGUGCUGAGUCACGACUCGGUGGGCGUAUUCGUGACUCACUGCGGCCAGAGCUCGUUGCUGGAGGCGGUGUGGUUUGGAGUGCCCAUGAUUAGUUGGCCGCUGUACGCGGAGCAGAAGAUGAACCGGAUUUUCAUGGUGGAAGAAAUGAAGGUGGCGCUGCCGGUGGAGGCUGCGGAGGACGGAUUCGUGACGGCAGCUGAGUUGGAGAAGAGACUUCGGGAGCUGAUGGAGUCAAGGAGGGGAAAAGAGAUCAAGCGCCACGUAGCAGAAUUGAAAGUCGCGGCGGCGGCGGCGACGGCAAGGGAGGGUGGAUCGUCCCUGCUGGCGUUAGACAAGUUUAUGGCGGCGGUAACACGUGUUUAAUUUACUAAUGUUUUGUCAAAUUUUUUUCUUUUGCCCUAAUCGUAUAAAUAAGUUUUUUUUUUUUUCAGUAAAA